CUAAACGCUCUCCUGCUCCUCCUCCGUCCCUCAGGAGCCACCUGGUCCCCGACUGCCUUUAUAGUCGAUGAUGGAAUACAAGGUGACGGCCUGAACUUGGGCUCCGUGGUGGUGGACGAGGAAGUGGGCUCAGUGAUUCUGGUCUACUCCAUCUGCUUCCACCUCUUCAACUGCCAACCAUCAAGCACCAUGAUGGUGGAGAGCAGGGACGACGGCCUCAGCUGGAGCCAGCCCAGAAACCUCUCGGUCCAGCUUGGAGUGAAGAACUUCGCUCCGGGGCCUGGCUUCGGCAUCCAGAAACGUUUCGAACCAGCUAAGGGGAGGUUGGUGGUGUGUGGCCAUGGGACACUGGAGGGAAAUGGAGUUUUCUGCAUCCUCAGUGAUGACCACGGACUUAACUGGCGCAACGGUGCUGCGCUAAAAAGCAUCCCUUACAACCAGAAGAAGAGAGCACAGGACUUCGACCCUGAUGAGUGCCAGCCGGUUGAGAUGACAGACGGCAGCAUCGUCAUCAACGUGCGGAACCAGAACAACUACCACUGUCGGUGUCGCAUUAUUGUACGCAGCCACGACGGUGGAGAGACCCUGCCCAUAGAUGAUCUGUUCUUUGACUACGAGCUGGUGGAUCCUGCAGUAGCAGCUGGAGCUCUGCAG